AUGGAGCGCAGCACUAUCCAAGCAAAGGCAAAGCCCCUCCCCAGAGGAGUCUACACCCCCGUCGUCACACUCUACAAAGCAGACGACCCAACCCAGCAAGUAGACCAUGAAGCUAUGCACACCCAAUGUCAAGCCCUGAUCAAGGCAGGCAUGCAUGGUCUUGUGUAUCUCGGCACGAAUGGCGAAUUAGUUCUCCUCUCACGGGAAGAGCGCAAAGCCAUCAUCAAGACAGCCGUGCAGGCAGCUUCUGCGGAGCGUGGACUUGACUACCCCAUUGUGGCAGGCAUCUCGGCACAGUCCACGCAGGAGACGAUCCAGAACGCCAAAGAUGCAGCGGAGGCUGGUGCUGGCUUCGGUUUGCUUCUGCCGCCCAAUUACUGGCCUAAAGCACUACCCAGCCAAGCUAUAGUGUCUUACUUCAAAGAGGUUGCGGCUGCUUCACCGAUACCCAUUGUCAUCUACAACUUUCCCGCUGUUACAUCUGGUAUUGAUCUUGAUUCUGAUCAACUAGCUACCUUGGCUUCUGAACCGAAUAUCGUAGCGGUGAAGUUGACCUGCGGAAACGUUGGAAAGCUCGCUCGAUUGACAGCGUUAUUCUCGCACGAGCAAUUCGGUGUUUACGGUGGAAGCAGCGAUUACCUCCUCCCCACACUACACAGUGGCGGAAGCGGUUGUGUUACAGGGAUGGGUAACAUCUUCCCCUCCAGUACAGCGGGUGUCUAUGACUUAUGGAAGGCGGGAAAGAUUGAUGAGGCGAAUAAGCUUCAAGGACUUGUCGCUCAUGCUGAGUGGGCUUGUAAGAAGGGUAUCAGCAAUACCAAGUAUGGAGCUUGGCACUUCCUUGGUAAAGAUAUUGGACUGGAUAACGAGACGGCGUGGCAUAUGAGGAAGCCUUAUCAGCCGCUUGAUGAUAAGUCCAAGGAGUGGACUGUCAAGACAUUGAGUGUACUAGCGGAUGCUGAGAAGCAACUGAGGAAGCAAUAG